ACAGCGCUGGGUACGGAUUGUAUAUAACAGCAGCGCCAGCAGCAGCAAAGAUCGUAGUGUUGGAGACCCUCGGUCGUAUAAUUUACAAUUUAAUUCAAUUUAUUACCAUUAAUCUGGAAAUCAAUAGCUGCCCAAUGUAACGGGACUACGGGAUUACGGGCGCAUCGAUCCGAUUGCUGGCUACGUAAAGUGUUGGCGUCGAAUAUAAUAAUAAUAAAUUAAAAUUAAUUGAACUUUUGAUACAAAAUGGAGGCGCGCUGCAGACUGUGUUUCGAGGAGCGUUCCGAGAUGGAGCGAAUUUUUCCGGACAACGACGAUGAAGAUGACAUUGACUACGAGUCCCAGAUGGCAAUAAAAAUCUUCAAAUGCACCUCGUUGCAGUUGCCGGUCGACGAUGAUGAUUUAGCCUCGCAGGUUUGCAAAGAUUGUACUACAAAAUUAGACGAAUUCUUCCAGUUUCGUGUUAGAUGUAAGAAGAACAAUUUACUAUACUGUAAGCGGAAGCAACCGGUAGCAGAAAGUGCUAAAUCCGAGCAGGAUAAUUCCACAAUACCCGACAGCGAUGAAAUUAACUUGGAUAAACUGGACGAAACGCUGCUGCGAGCGUUGGAGGGAAAGGAUGGGGACAUUGAUCCAUCCGCAUUCGAUGAUACAUUUGGAAGUGAAGUAAAGCCAGAGGAUCUGCUAAAGAUCAGUCUAGGUUAUGAGGCGGAACAGCAAAUGGUUUCCGAAGAAGCCGUGAGUUCCAGUUCGGCCCGAUGCGCUGCUUGUGGUACCGAGUGCUCAUCCUCAUUUGAACUAAACCAACACAUGGAGUACUGUCCAGCACGAAUGAAACCGAAUCCGUUCAACUUCCAAAUGUCGAACGUUACCUCACUGGCAUCAAAUUCAGCGGAUUUGAACUGCUACAUUUGUCAGAAGAGUUUCAACAAUGUUCAAGAACUAAAAUAUCACGAAUCGCUACAUUCCAAUGCUUCCUUAAAGUGCAAUUUUUGUCUCCAAAACUUUACUUGCCCGCGUACAUUAAAACACCACAUGGAUCAACACAAGAUCAAAAAUACUCUUCCAGACGGUCGGUUCAGAUGUGAUUUGUGCGAUGCUACAUUUAAACUGUACGGAAACUUGAUUAUUCACCGUCGUAGCCACACUGGCGAGCGUCCUUAUCCUUGCAACAUUUGUGGAAGAGCGUUUUCCACCUCAAGCAAUAUGAAAACUCACAUGAAUGUGGUCCACUCGCAGGAUCGUCCCUUUAAAUGUCAUCUUUGUCACAAGAGUUUCAAUAGUGAAACCCGCCUCCGGUCCCACGUCGAAUCCCACUCCUAUCCGAUGGGCAGCAUGUCGAACGAAGCCAGCGGAAGUGAGCUCUCUAGCACGUGCAAAAUUUGCAACAAAACGUUCAGCCACCCCUCGUAUCUAACGAUCCACUACCGGGUCCACACCGGAGAACGUCCGUACCAAUGCAAAUUCUGUACCAGUGCGUUUGCCACCAGUGGAAAUUUGAAGGUCCACAUGCGAAUCCAUGCCACUCAAAAGGUGCGGCCAUACAAAUGUAACAUGUGUACUAAAUCCUUCCUGCAUGCGAGCAAUUUGUCGGUGCACAAGAAAACUCAACACUACUAGCUACCCCCUUAGCGUAAUAUUUAUUUUAUUUGUUAUGAUCAACAUAAACUAAUAAUCCCCAUUUUAGCUGAGUUUCUAAAAGUUUUUAAUCACGGAUAGCAUCUAGCACGUAUAUAAAGCAUAUAUAUAUAUUACAAAUAAAGAUACAGUAGAGUACUUAA